CCCCUGUAACCGGUUGCGCUUUCCGAGCGUAGCUGUUGUCGCAACUCUGAAAACUACGUUUUCUAGGGACUCGAAGGUUUUUAGGGGUUUUAUAAGUUGAGUUUAGGGGGAAACGUUUUUAGGAGUUGGCAACCCUUAAAGGCUUAAUUUUGCACGUGCGUUUAGCUGAAGUACUCUCACUCUAUCAUUGAAUAAUAUUUUUUCUAAAAAGGCUUUUUUUUUCCGGUUUAUAAUGGGGUUAAAUCAAGAAUUACCUUGCAUAUAUUCUGCACUAAUUUUACAGGAUGAUGAGAUUGCUGUUACAGCUGAAAAGCUGAACACUAUAUUAAAAGCUGCCGCUGUCGAAGUUGAACCUUAUUGGCCAACUUUGUUUGCAAAAGCUUUGGAAGGUGUGGAUUUAAAACAACUCAUCACAAAUGUGAGUUCAGGAGUCGGAGCUGUAGGUGCCGCAGGGGGUGCUGCUGCAGCAGGAGGAGAAGCGGCUGCUGCUAAAGAAGAGCCAAAAAAAGAAGAGAAGAAAGAAGAAAGUGACGAAUCGGAUGAUGAUAUGGGUUUUGGUUUAUUUGAUUGAGUUCCCAUUAAUUUUUGUUAUUUUGAAAGAACUUCAAUUUUUGUACUUUCAAUAAAAAAAAUUUUUGACAAA